AUGCCCAUGCUUAUCAACAAUGAAAUAUUUAAUUAUUUGCAGCAACAAACACCUGCUUUCAAGUGCUUAACGGUUACAGAUGGACAUACGACAGCCCUUGCGUUAUUCCACACUGUCGGAAACUUCCAUUGGGAUGCAAAACUGGUGCUAACUCUAGCAGCUUUUGCUCUCAACUAUGGAGAAUUCUGGCUUCCGGCUAAAAUCUACUCAUCAAACCAACUAGAAAAAUCUAUGGCUAUCCUUAAACAAGUUCCAACAAUCAUUGAGCAUACGGCUCCAUUAAAACCUCGAUUUGAAGCUCUUAAGAAACUAAUCCAUUCAAUUCUGGAACUUACCAUAUGUAUUGUCCAAUUCAAGGAGCUUCCAUCUAUGUACAUAACUCCUGAUAUGCCGACCAUGUCAUCAGCAAUCAAUACCAUGCUGACAGCUGUCUACUGGAACAUCAGAGGCAUUAUCACUUGUGCUACACAGAUUGCUCAAUUGACUAGCAUGGGCCAUGAAUAUGGGAUUUCAUCAACAGAGAUGCAAUCAUGGGAACUAUCGUCAUUGACUUCAAAGAUUGAUCAUAUGCAUGAGUUUCUCAGGCGACAGUUGGAGAAUUGCAAUCGUAUUGUUGGAGAAAAGAAAGAAAUUGAAUUCAGGAGGUCUUUCAAACAGCUGUUUGAAACAAGCCAUAUGGAUAACAUGAAAAUCCUCAAAAUCUUGAUUAGUCCAAGGGAUGAUAUACAACCACUCUUCGAUGGCAAUACAAAGAUGAAGGUUAGUCUGGAAGUCCUAAGGAGGAGGAACGUGUUGUUGUUGAUAUCAGGGCUAGACAUGUCUCGUGAGGAGCUUUCGAUUCUUGAAGAAAUUUACAACGAGUCCCGCAUUCACGGAUCAAGGACGAAUGCUCUUUAUGAAGACAGGUGGCAUUUUAGAAAAAGGCCUAUAUUAGUGGUGUUGGAUCCACAGGGAAGGGAGUUGAGCCCUAUUAUGCAACAGAUCAAGAAACUUCUAAGCUAUGACAAAGAUGGAUCAUGGGCUUUGUUGUGUAGAGGGUCAAAGAUUCUGACUAAUGGAAAUGGAACCACAAUGAUGCAAACACCAUCUGACUUUGAUAUGUGGAAGAAAGAUAUUGAAACAAAGGGGUUUGAUUUGUCGUUUAUGGAGUACCAUGAUAAGCUUCAUGUUGCAGCGAAUAAUUGUUGUAGAUUUGAGUUUCCAGUAGCAGCAAGUAGAGUCCCUGAUGGGAUGCGGUGCCCUGAGUGUCAUCGUGUCAUGGAGAAAUACAUUGCUUUUCUUUGUUGCCAUGAUCAAGAUGGCCCACUUGAACUCGAUUGA